AUGCUUUUCCGGAUCUCGUUUGCCUCGUUGGCGCUGAGCGUCGCUACCGCCUGGGCUUGGCAGCGCCCCUUCCAGAUGCCUGUGCCGACGGAGCAGGACAAUGUGCAGAUUCUUUCGCACCCCUCUCUCCCUGCGUACUCGGUACGUCUGCAUCGCGUGCCAGAUGGUGUGUGUGAGCGGGCGCCCACCGCAUCGUGGUCAGGCUACUUGGACGUAGACUUGGACGUGCUCUUCGAGAAGGAGCGCGAAGCCGGCCAUGCCUCGGCUCUAGCGACGCCGCCGGGCAUUGUGGAGCACUUUUACUUCUGGGCCUUUGAAUCGCGGACGGACCCCCGCAAUGACCCGCUGACCCUGUGGCUUAACGGUGGCCCUGGCUGCUCGUCGUUCACGGGCCUGCUCAUGGAGCUGGGCCCGUGCAAUGCGGCGCCGCUGGAAGAUGACAAUGUGCCGCGCACCGAAUGGAACCCGUACUCGUGGACGACCAACUCGUCGAUGAUCUUCCUGGACCAGCCGAUCGGUGUCGGUUUCUCUUACGCUUCGUGGAAGAACGGCUCGACCAACAACGUGCCGCCAGCGCGCAUCUUCUCGACCGAGCAGAGCGCGCGCGACGUCUCCGCGUUCUUGCACUUGCUGGCCGCAAGCCCCCAUGGACCGUUUGAGCCGCAAGUCGGCGAAGACGGCUCGCUUCAGAUGCGUGAGUUCCACAUGGCUGGUGAAUCGUACGCAGGUCGCUACCUGCCGCUCAUCGCGAGCCGUAUCGUGAACGACAAUGAACACUACAUGCAGCACCCUGAGGACGGCCUGGAGCCACUGCCUCUGCGCUCGAUCCUGAUCGGCAACGGUAUCACCUCGCCGCGUCACCAGAACGCGGCGUACGUUGAGUACGCGUGCACGAAGAAGUCGGGUCAUGGCCCCUUCCUGGACGACAAGACGUGCAAAAAGAUGUGGAAGAAGCUGCCGGUCUGCGAGGAGAAGCUUGCCAAGUGCAACAAGCACCGCGGCCCUGGCAAGUACGAUGUGAAGGCGUGCCAGGAUGCGCUCUCGUUCUGUGAAGAGCAUCUCUCGACGCCGUGGGAGAAGACCAACUCGUCGUUCUACGACUGGAACCACCCUGUGGAGUACAAGCAGAGCGCCUAUGUGCAUGACUUUUUGAACCAUGCUGACACACGACGCGACCUGGGCCUGGAUCACUUCCGUAUCGGUGACCAGCGCACGGGUGAGUUCAAGGACUGCUCGGACAACGUGUACAACAACUUUGCGUCGACCGGCGACGGUGCGCGGGACAGCACGUGGGCCAUUGAGCACAUCCUGGAGAAGGGCAUUCGUGUGCUGUCUUACUCGGGGCGCCGUGACUUUAUUUGCAACUUUAUUGGCAACGGAAACUGGGUGCACGACCUCGAGUGGUCGGGCAGCAAAGGCUACCGCGAGGCGCCGCUGGAAGACUGGUUCAUUCACGGCCAGAAGGCUCGCGCUGGUCAGUUCCGUUCGUACGGCAACAUGACGUACGCCAUUGUGGAAGAAGCGGGUCACUUUGUGCCCCUCGACCAGCCCCCGGCAGCAUUGGCGAUGUUCGAGCGCUGGGUGCACCCACGCACGAAGCUCGGCCGCCUGGAUUAG